AAUACGAGUCACAUCAUAAAGUCACUCACUGGCUGAUCAGAUCACUGUAUCGGGCUUUGUCGCAGCGAUCAGACAUUGGUCGGUUCAAACGUCUCCGACGGUGUUGAUAGUUACUUUAGUGAAUGUUAUUUAAAAUUAUCAAAGUUUUGUGUUUUGAAAUAUCUUAGUUACGUGAAAUUGUUGACCAUGGCGAAGGCUUUGGAUCCAGAUGUUACAACAACCACGUGCAGAUUGAAUAAUGGCAUAAACAUGCCAUCAGUGGGAUUGGGCACCUACCGUGUUCGAUCACCCGAGGUGAUAAUGAAAAUGGUUGAUGAAGCUCUCUCUGCCGGGUAUCGCCUGUUUGAUACGGCAGCUGUGUACCAUAAUGAAGGACACUUGCAGAAGGCUUUUACAACUCUUUUACCAAAACAUGGAUUGGAUCGUGAUGACAUAUUCAUAACCACUAAACUUUCCCCCGCCGAUCAUGGAGGUCCAGAUGCUGUCAAAAAAGCUUACAAUCAAUCACUGCACAAUUUAGGCAUUGAUUAUGCUGAUUUGUAUCUAAUACACUUCCCAAAAGCACCAAAACAUACAAAUGAUGAUAAGAGAAAUACUGAUCUUCGCCACCUGACCUGGUCUGGUCUUGUGGAACUCUAUGACAAUGGUCUUGUCAACUCCAUUGGGGUAUCAAACUUUACAGUUGAUCACUUAACCCAGCUCAUGAAAGCCAACCAUCGUGUCAUUCCUACUGUUAACCAGGUGGAGUGGCAUCCGUUUUACUAUCAAACGGAACUUCUUGAGUUUUGCAAAAAGAACGAUAUUGUUUUGCAAGCGUAUUGUUCUCUUGGAGGUACAUCCAUGAACAGUGAUGAAUUAUUGAAACACCCGUGUGUAACAAAAAUUGCACGUAAACUGGAAGUAUCUAAUGCUCAAGUCCUGUUGGGAUGGGCACUGCAGCAGGACAUUGCUAUUAUACCAAAGUCUACCACACCAGAGCAUAUCCGCCAGAACAUCGCUCUGAAUUUCACCAUACCCAGCGAAGAUAUGCUCAUCCUGAAUGACCUGGGAUCCCAAAAGAUCAAGUACGCGUGGGAUCCGUCUGGUGUUGUCUAACCUCGUGCCUCACGCACCAAGCGAAAAUCCGGAAAAAAGUAGUCGGUGCUCAAAAACUAUUUUUUCUACUAAUAUAUCAUUUCAGUAGUGUUAAUAAAAGAUGAUUAGUGACGAGGUGUAAUAAAAAAAAAACUGCUGAUUGAUUUGUUCUUUCAGCCCAAUUGAUAAAUGUUCUCUAAGAAACUGGUGACUGUGGUAGUGUUUGAAUUCAGUGAUUCUUUAGGAAAGCACUUUGGUACUUGUUACAAAUGAUUACAUUUAAUGAAAACAAAAUUUAUUGGCAAGAAACUAAAUUUGAUUAGAGUCAUAACAUUUGCAUUAUAAAAUGCAUUAUGAGUCUUGUUAACAUUCCAGAGUUUAUGAUAUUAUAUUUCAGUGAAUCCUACAAUGUUUCAUGUUAGUAGUUGUAUUAUUAAGAUCUUGAAGAAUGGAAUUUAUUUAAUGAUAUUUUUAGUGUAUGGUCAGAGUUACAAGUUCGUGUACAUAUCUAAGGCAGUGAAGGAAUAGAAGCUAUAAGUCCAAUACUAACAAUGUCCUUUAUAUUGCUUCAAGUAAUAGUAUUAAUAUUCGUCAUAUCUGGCUGUGGGCGGUCCAGUAAAUCGCGCGCUAAACUACAUCUCAUAGAGAAUGGUAACGUGUUCGCUUCUGCUGUUGAUAAUUAAUCCUACAGAAUAUUGUCGAUAAUAUCGAUUACAGCAUUUUUGGAAAGGUUUACUGAUAACAAAAUUUAAAAUUAAUAAAUCGACAUAGGAAUAUAUUUACUCUUUUUCACUAGACGCAUUUCUAGUGGUUGCUACAAAUAUUAUUUGGCAAGUUUUCUAGAAGCACCUGCAGUCAGAUAAAACACAGAGUUAUAGUUUUGAUGUCUAUUAUUCAAGCUGUAGAUUAAAAAGAGAUAAUAAUAAUUGUUACGUUAUACAAAAUAAGAGUUUACGAAGUAAUAUAAUAAAAAAAUAUGUAUACAUUUUAAUAGAUUUACUGUUAAAGGAUGGGAUGACAGCUUGAAACGUUAACACAUGGUUGAAGUUUAGUAGAGGAAUCUUGAUGACAUAUAAAUUAAUGUACAUACUAGGAGGGAGGACCACAAUCGAGCUUAAGAGAAAUGUGCGGGGAUUAUUAGGUAUGUAUCUCAAGCACUGGACUGAUUCGUAAAAUUGUUUUCAGCUGUCGGUUGCGAUAUUUUCACGGUAGAGUUGUAUGUAAAAACAUAAGGCACAAAUUGUUGCGUUAGCGAAGGUCUUUAAAAGCAAACGAUGAAGCAUGGCGUUGUGUUUUCUUUAUAUAGUUAAGUAAUUGUAUUAUUAAUGUUAUUCAUGUUAAAUAUGUGUGUGUAGCGCAUCCAGGAGUGGUUUAGAAAGAGACAGGAAGCUUGACACUUGUCCUAUGGGUAGAUAUUACAGUAAAGCCUACUUUCCUUACUUUUAAAACAUGUUUAUCUCCAACCUGGAUCCGCCGCCACUGGUGUUAUUUAAUAUAAUAAUAAUUUCUGUAGAUUUAAAUGGCAUUGAUUAAAUCGCUUCGUCAAAUUAGCUAAUAUAU